AUGAAGAGCGAAAUUUUCAAAGAAAUCGCAAUUCCCCUUUUGUUUUUAUUCACGCUCUUUGCCGGUCUUCUUCCGAUAAAAAUUGGAGGAUCACAAAGGAAAACCGGCACAAAGUUAAUGAGCUUAUUCCAUUGCUUCGCCGGAGGGAUUUUCUUCGCAACGUCCCUGCUCGACAUGUUCCCAAUGAUCAGAGAAGAAUAUCAAGAAGCUUUUGAACUGGCUGGCAUUCACACCGAUUUUCCUGUGGCAGAGUUCACAACAUGCUUUGGCUUUCUUUUGAUCUUAACAAUAGAGAUGAUUGUUCACAAGUUCCAUUCUGGAGGCAUUGAUCUGCACAUGUCACACCAUCGCGAACGACAACCCCUAUUGCAUCCUUCGGGGCGUGAACCUUCAAGGGAAACACCGGAUCAUGCUGUCACAGUCUAUAUUUUGAUCUUUGCGUUAUCAUUGCAUUCCCUUCUGGAAGGAAUUGCAAUCGGAUUGAUUGGAGACUUCGAUCAGUUGGUUCAAAUAGCAGGAGCCGUAACGGUCCACAAAACAAUUAUGGCAUUUUCACUUGGUAUCAUUUUGAAAGAAAACAACAUGGAGGCAAAGACGAUAGCAAAAUCAUCCGUUCUCUUCUCCGUCACUGGCCCAGCUGGCAUAGGGAUUGGCAUGGCUGUCUUUCACAUCUCAGCCAAUCUCCCCGGGAAGCUUUCUACAGCGAUUCUGCAAGGGAUGGCGAAUGGUACAUUUUUGUUUGUCACGUUUUUUGAAAUAUUUCAGCGAGAGCUUGCCGGAAAUAAGGAUCAGCUUUUUAAGGUACUGGCCAUAAUCUUCGGCUGUUCAGUUGUAACGAUCUUGGUUAAUUUCGGAUGAAACGAUAUAAUCUAGCUAAUAAUAAGCGUGCCCAUUAGAUUCCCCUUUCCCACUUCUCGUGAUACUUUUUUCUCUCAGACUGUGAACGCCCCAUAACCAAGGCCGGAUGAGGAGAUUCACACAAUACAAUUGAGCAAAUGCCCACAAGUGAGCAAAGCAAAAUACUUUUUUUUUAAAGAAGCUAAAUAUCGCAGAUCCAUGCUGUACAUGAACAAAUGAAUGAAAAAAUAUGACUCGAUAAUAGGGACACUGAGCGGACUAUAGACAGUGCCCGGCCUGUAUCAUGGGGUAUAGUGUAGUAUAGUAUAUCUUUAUUGCGCCUUACUCUCCAAAGGGAGGUAUUGGCCUAGUUAUUAUAAAGAUUUUAUAUUCGCUACUACAACAAAUUAUGUAAAACAUGAACAGAAACAACAAAAUUACAAUGGUCAGUGUAAAACACAGACUGCAGACUAUUGUUUUCACCAUGCAAAUGAGAACGUGACAACAAUAGUGCCAUUGUUUUCUAACCCUAAAAACAAUAGUCUGCAGUCAGUGCGCAGUCUGCAUUCUACACUGCCUCAUUACACAAUUGGUGGUUUUCACUGUCACGCCAUCAAAACCUUGGAAUGUCUGAAGCCAAGACUUUCAGAUAGUAUAGAAUAUCGAUAAAUUAACAACCUGGCCAAGUCUCACGUCUGUGCAGUUUUCCGCUGCUGAGUUGUUCUUCAAAAUGUGUAACAGAAAUUUAUAGCUCUCAUUAUGGAGACGCCAUAUUUGUACUCCUCCUUUACCACAAAUAUGGCGGCCGGAAAUAAUGUAAACACGCCACAAAUUUGAUUAGUUGUUCAAUGCAAACAGGCAAAUUAUUCCCCUCAACACAUUUUGUAAUACUUUCACCAUUCAAAGGGCAUUAUAUCAUGCGAUAAAAUUAUUUUUUAGCAUAUGAGAUAGCCUGCGUAGCUAGCCUCCCACGCAGACGUUCUUAGGGGUUCGUCACGCGUUCCUGUUAGUGGGGCAGGAACGCGUGACGAACCCCUUAAAAAACUAUUAAGAUUAUAAAUUUAUUUCUAAUUAACUAGAUUAUUGGCUCAAAACUUGUUUUCUUUUUUGAAACAUUAGAUGGAAAUAUUUGGCAAUCUUAGUAAAUAUCAAGUUCUAUCAUGAUCUGUUAAGUUGACCAAGUUUGUAUCAAAGUUUGUAUUAUUUUCUGAAAUAUGUAAAUAAAGUUUCUGUCUAAGAUUAUCGUAUUCCAUAUAAUGCUUUAAGAAGUGUUUUUCGUUUUCUAUGUAGUUUCUUUUGCAAACUAAACAAAGCUUUUCCUCUACUGGUGUGGAUGCCCCUUUCUUUUCAUAUUUCCCUGUUUGUAUGCGUAAAGAAUGAACUCCUAAUCGCAGUUUAGUCAUACUGAUUUUAUGAUCUGGAUUUCUAACUGUCUUACGAUAUUCUUCUAAAUGGUAAUCUUUUUUUAAUUUCCUUGUUUGUAUAUUUUUCUCUCUAGCUAUCUGAUAUGUACGUUGCUUCGAGCUUUUAACCAAUCUUGAAAUUUUUUUUUUUUGUAACUGUUGUUUAUAUAUUAUUAUUAUUAUAUAAACACCAAUAAAACACCAGGUGAGCUUUCGCGGGAAAACUUGAUAUCUUCAGAAAAUAUCACCGUUGCUAUGGCUUCAUAAUAAAUCGCGCCUUUCACACCAAAAAACUAUUAAAGUGAAAUGGUUUUGUAUGUCAUUGGUGUUUAUAUAAUAAAUAGAACAUUACAUGGCCGCUUGGAGAUACGAAAUUUCUCUUCGAGUGUUAAAAAAAUAUUUGUUCAACACUCGAAGAGAAAUUUCGUAUCUCCGCGCGGCCAUGUAAUAUCCUCUAUUUAAUUAAUGCUAGAAUUAAUGUUCUUAACAGUCUUAACACGUUGCUGAUUUAUUACCUCGGUUUUGUGGUGUAUUUGUAUUGUUUCACCACUGUAAUAAAGCAAAAACCUGGCGCGCGGCUGUAGUUUCUUGCAUAAACAAAAGCUUCAUUUAAGAGAGGGUUGUCCGAUUUUUGCGCUAAUCUUUGUCUGCAAAAUAAAAGGAAAGCCCUUAUGUCUAUAGAUAGAGGGUAUCGGCCAAGUUCUGCUCUACAGGCUGCGUCUUCUGUGUACCAUACAUCUCCACUCUCUAACCCGUGGUGGGCGAGGGUGAGGGAGUGGAGACGUGUGACAUUUCAGACUGAACGUGGAUCGUGACUAUCGUGCGGCCGACACCAAAGCAUCCUUCCGCACGCAAGAGAAAAACCUCUCUACGAUCGUGUCAACAUCAAACAUGAAUACGUAGCACACGAAUAAUUUACUGGAACAAAAUAUUAGGCAUCAACAAACUAAAUGUUGCCCUCAGCUUACAAAUUGCCUGAUUUAUAUAUUCCAUGGACUAAGGCCCGAGUCAAAACGUGGAACUUAGCCUAGCCUGUGUGGCAGGCCGCAUUCGAAAGGUAAGGCGUGAAGGGAAUUUGGGCUCGAGACCAUGCGCCCAUCGCACUUAUCUCGCUCUAAAGUCCCCUUUCGCUUCCCUUUCAAACGCCGGCCACGAAGGCAAAACUCAGCCAGACAAAUGUGAUGAACCCGAGGGUGGUCGCGUGUUAAAUACAACGUUACUUCUCUCUAGGCCCUCUCUUGUUUCAGAAGAACUCGUUAGAUUCGCUCAUUUCUGUCCACUAGAAAUAAUGUUCACUGUCACUACUUUCUAGUAUGCGAAGGGUCCCCGAUUUGAUGCAAUUACGCGCGCAUGUGGUCCGACAGGAAAUUUUUCAGCAAGCGCGCAUGGUUUGUGUACUGCCAGCAGCCAUUCGAUCGAAUUCGAAAAUUUAAAACUCAAAAGUCUGAAAAUUUACUGGUCAAAGGUGUUUAGUCAGCUUAAUUACAACUGUAGCUACCUACAAAUUGUAAGUGCAGCACUAGAUCGAACGCAAGCAAAUAAUUUAAUGUGUUCACCAUAUUUCUAGUGAUACAUUGUUGCAAACCUUUUGUUGUCGUGGUUACCGUUGACUAUGUUGUGAGUAAGUCUAGCCUGCUUAGCAGGCGCUUGGAAGUAGUGGGUGGAAGAGAGAACAGGCGCGCGCGAGGGAGACACGCGAGGUGUUUUCUUGUGCCCACUACCUUCAAGCGCCUUCACUCAGGCUAGAGUAAGUCCUUAAGUCCGUAAACUUGCACAUGAAGCCCACUAUCCUGGUCGGGUUGACGUUGCGGCCGCACUUUAAAAAGCGGUUUAAAAAAAAUAUUUUGACGAUGCAUUUCGACGGCAGAAAUAUUUUUCAAAGAAAAUGGAAGCGAUUUGGACCAACAGCUUUAAAAUAAGAGGAAAAUCGUUGUAUAAAAAUAUAAUUUUAUGAUGCGUCUGCGAUCGUGCUUCUGCCCGACAGUGAUCGUGUACCUGACGACCGUGCAGUACGGGGUUCGAGCCCUAGUAAUGAAUUUUUUUUUUCCUUUUUUAUUCGCCCUCUUUUUUCUUGGCUUUUUGUUUUUCCUUAAAUUCCUAAUUUAAUUUCCUGCAGCACGAUUAGGGGCGUUACCAAAUUUAAGACGCACAGGAAGUGGUUCAGAUUAGUACGAGGGUUAACUUCGUUACUGGGACUUUUCGCAAAGAUCACACAAUCAUGUUGAGUGGUGUGGUGGUGAGGUGAAGUCGCGUGGGGCUGAUGGUGCUAGGUUCGAAUCCUGUCAAGUACCUUUUCUUUUUUCCUUUUUUUUUUUUUUUUUUUUUUCCGCGAUUGUUCUUGUUUUUCUUUCGUCUUUUGUGCUUUUUUUUAUUUUCAACCCCGCCUGCGCCGUGUUUUGGUCUUUCCUUCCUCCCCCUGUGGGUUUUUGUUUUUUUGUUUUUUUUUUGUCAUGUUCCUUUUUUUUUUUUUUUUUUUUUUUUUUUUUUUUUUCGUUUUUGGUUUAUACAUUCCUUUUUUUACUGCAAUAUAUGCUACAAAACUAAAACAGUAGCCACAUGAAGUCACAGACCGCCUUUUAUUUGCAAAUUACUGGAAUCAAUGCAAAAGCCGGGGCAGCUAUAGUUGACACUGCAGCUGCCCUCGUCAAUAGAGAGGAGAAUAAGAUCGAUGAAGUUUGAAACAGUGCAAAUUUACUUUUUUUUUGGUAAAUUUUUGUUUUGUUGUCAUCCCAAAAUUUUGCUACCAUGACAACGUGACGUAACGACUUCUCCUCUCUAUUGUAUGCCUGGUCGUUGUGUAGCUCUUUGAAAUAUACCGAUUCGUAAUAAAGAUUUUCACACAUAUUAUAUACAAUAGGUGAGAUAAAAACUGGAAAUACAAGGCUCCAUGCACUAAUUCAGUUCGAUUUACAAAGCUUUGAUCAAAACAUUCUCGGUUUCGAGAACAUUUAGUACAGUGAAACCUCUAUUAAGCGGACCCCCAAUUAAGCGGACACCCUCGGACACUAAGCCGGGUCAUGGUAGUAUUGGAUUACGUCUUUGAAAUACGUACUAUGGUCGAUUAAUAAAGAUAAAUCAAUACAUUUAGCUGUCAAAAGUUCACCUAAAAGUCUCGCACAAAAGCACAGCUUCCUUAGCGCGCUUCCUUAAUUAACAACGUGGAACUUUAUCACCGUACAGAGUAACCGUUGAGUGAAAUCUUUAACAAACAUUGCGCAAUUUUUACAAACCUCUAUUAAGCGGAGACUUAGGAAGAUCCCAAAGGUGUCCGCUUAAUAGGUGUCCGCUAGAAGUGUGGCCAAAAUUACCCAUAAUAACUUGCGGCCAGGGUGAAAUACUGCCAAGAAAUCGCGCAUUUAAAAUUACUUAAACAAUUGGCCAUUACGCUAUGAUAUUACGUGAGGGUGGGUUAGCUUUGGACAAACAAAGGCUGCGUACCAAGAAACUUGUACAGUAUAUUGAGACGAAAAUAUAUAACUUUCCGUACUAUUACAGCAAUACUUUUCCAGACUUUAGAAGUAAUUCAUUACUUACUUACGAAGUCUGGAAUAGUAUUACUGUAAUAAUUAAAAUACUGCUCCUAAACGUUGAGCUGUUAAGAGAGGAUUUAUUCAGUGUUAUUGAGCUAUUUUUGCUUUCGCUGAUAAACAUAAAGAAGCUAAAGUAUAAAUUAUUAAUUAAGUCUUAACUUCUCUCUAAGCCGAUAACAACCUGUUGAUAUUUAUUAAGUGUAAACAUGUUUGUUAAGUCAAAAGUGUAACUAGCCUUCAAACCGUUACACUCCUGUGUAACUUUUGGAAGUAAUUAAUGUUCCGGAACAAGAUUUUUGUUGGUUAAGUUUUGACUGUGAUCACGUCAGUAGUCUUGGAAUUGGAGCUUGCCCAGUCCCUAGGCCUCAUCAUUCCGCGCGGCUAAUGCGUCUCGGGUCACCCGGUAUUCACCUUAGAUACGUUACCGAAGUGAAGUGAGAAGGCUUGGGAAAACAUGGCGGAGCCAAGUGUCUGUAUACACGAAUUACUGUCAAACUCGCAGCCAGCGAGUGCUCCCUCAGGAUGAAGGCCUUUGCAACAGAAAUUUAUAGUAAUGCUUUCCUCCUUUGUUCAGUUUCAAUAGUGUGAAAGCAAAACCGGUUUCCCCUCUGGUGGCACUUAAAUUAAAAACUUGUUUUCACGGAGCACUCUGGGAGCGGAUUAUUCUUUCCAUGAGAGACAAUAAGAAUAGUGUAACUUUCCAUAACUUACUUGAGACGUUCAGUUGCGGGACCUACACUGUUGUACGUGACUUCAGCGCUUGGUCGACCUUGGGGAAGAAAAACCAGCUGGGCUUGUAACGCGUGUACUAAGAAGAGCAUCAGAUUCCAGGUCAGACCUUACGUAAGUCCAUCCCUUUGCAGGAACUAGUUUUGGUUUGUGCAACGUGUUUUAACAUGUUAGCCCUUCAAAAAGGGCUUUAAAGUCCUGGUGUUGUCAUAAGCAGACCACACUCCUCAAGAGCUAGAUUUUCAAACGGUUGCUUUCAACGCAUCAAGCCAUGACAGUAAAAUCUGUACCCAAGGUCAGACCAAAAUGAUAAAGGGCCAACGAACCGGGGCUUAAAAGGAGCAUAUCUCUGACUCUGUACAUAUCGUGGUUAGAGAGUGAAGAUUCCCAAUAGUUCUCCCCAUCGGCGGACACUAUCUACGUAAGCUGAAUCAGAAUGACGUACGGCAAUGCACGAUCUUCUUUGAACACUAGUGGCUUUGGCAACCCUUCAACACCAACUGAAACUAGCCGGACAUCUUGUUCCUUAACAGAGAGAAGUUUCAUCGCGUGUCAGAACGUCACUCUUAGGCUGAGAGAUCUGUUAUCUCUUCCUUUUCAGGGGGCACCCAACGACAAUUUUCGGGAAAAAUCUGUUCGGAAAACGAUUUUGAUCUAGAAUUUUCGGAACAUUUGUUGUAAAAUUUCUUGCUUGCCUGCCUCUCCUAGGAUUUUCGAACAUCUAAAAAAUGGUAAAAUUGCCCAUUUUCAACGGAUUUUUACCCUAAAAAGGUCACCCAGAAUUUUCGGGAGCCUUUUUUCUGGCUGAAAUUUUCGAACGGGUAAGUUUUGAUUCCUUAUAAUUUUCGGAUCACUAGACUUUCAGCUAGGAAAUCCGAACAGAUGAAAAAUUUAUAGGGGAUACAAAUACGCCCAUAUCCACCGUUUAAAUACUAAAACACGUUUAACAAUGCUAUGUUUAAGUGGUUUUGAACUAUAUUCACGUUGGCUACCCCUGCCUUUUGUGUUAUUGUUGUUUUUUCGGCGUUCAUUUUACAUCUGCUUGUUAUCUUUCUUUUUCUUUUCUUUUCAAUAAGAAGUUGUUAACAAGAGAUAACAGAUACUUGGAAAAAAAAGUGUACAGCCAUAGAUUUGUGCAACAUACGAUUCACAAUGCACGAUCUUUUAUCUUUUGGCCAGAUAUUCAUGUUUGCCUCCCCAAAAGAGCGGAAUUUAAUCGCGUGUCAGCACCGUUUCUACGUAGAUAUGUAAAUACUUCCUUUUGACUUUUUUCCUUUAUUGUAUCUUUGUUUGUUUGAUCUUUUGGUUCUUAUCAAUUCAGUUAUUUCAAUAUAAAGUUGUUUAGAAGAUUAAAAGGUGCGCAUGUAUGUGCGUGUUAAUUCCUCUUACAACUUUUUUCAUUGAGUAUUUGUUUCCUUAUUUUUCCGCUUAUCAUGAAGAGUAGAAACCUAUAGAUAGCUGACAUUUUUAAAAUCUUAGUUAUUCAAAACUGUCCGAUUUUUAAAAAUAAUACAACGAAAUUUUUGUUUUAUCAUAAGAAAUGUAUAAUUCUGCAGACCCUUGCUGCUGAAUCGCUAUCAAAACUGUCUACUGCCAUCAUCGCCCCUCUUAGAUCUUGCUACUGGGUAAGAAAGUCAGCGCUUAAAUUAGAGCCUGCAAACUAACACGAUUGCAAACUGCGGUAGCACUGAGUCAUUCACUCGUGACGUACUUUACGGAAACCUGAUUGGUUACUUUUCAUCUAAUUUGACAUUCAAGCAUUCCCCGGUGUUCCCGGUGACAGUGACACGGCAGUAUCAAAAGCAAACACAACGAGGUUUAUUUUCACAGUAAAUCACAAGACACACCGCUAGUUGAAGCUGGAAAGGUCUCGUUACUUUAACUUUACGAAGCUUUUAGGAGACAGCGUUUAAAAACAGGGAUUGUGAGUCAGUAUGGAGCACCAAAUCAUCAAAGCAAUCGCGAUCGCCAUUUUGUUUUCACUGACUCUCUUGGCCGGUCUUCUUCCGUUGAAAUUUCGGGGAUCGCAUACGGGGGCAAGGCAACGAUUCUUGAGCUGCUGUAACUGUUUCGCUGGAGGAGUUUUCUUUGCAACGUGCAUGUUAGACUUGCUACCGAUGAUCAGAGAGAAAUACCAGCAAGCUUUCAACUUGGCCGAUGUGCACACGGUUUUUCCUGUAGCAGAGUUUACUACCUGCAUUGGAUUCUUCCUAGUCUUGACCGUUGAGCAGAUCGUUCACACAUUACACGAUUCUCCACUGCUACUCGAUUCGCAUGGGAGCCAUGAUCAACGGCAACCACUUUUGGGCAAGGAUUUUAAAGAGCAAGAAGGGUUUCUGAUCAGGUCGAGCUCUUCAGCGGCGAGCAGCGCCCCCGUCCAAGGUCGUCGUGCUGGAGAAUCAAGUUUGAGAGUUUACAUUCUGAUUGUCGCUUUAUCACUGCACUCAGUUUUCGAAGGUAUUGCCCUUGGAUUGAUCACCGACGUGGAGCGUUUAGCGCAGAUAGCUGGAGCUAUCGUGAUCCACAAAUCGAUUAUUGCAUUUUCGCUAGGGGUGAGUCUAGUUCAACACGUGAUGCCGUCGAAAACCGUCGUCAAAUCUGCAAUUCUCUUUUCGAUCAUGGGACCUUUAGGUGUGGGCAUUGGUAUGGCUGUACUAAAUAACUCUUCACAGCUUUCAAGCAGUUUAUCGUCGGGGAUUUUGCAAGGGAUCGCUAAUGGAACAUUUCUGUUCGUGACUUUCUUUGAAAUCUUUCAGCGAGAGCUUGAAGCUCACGGCAAUCGACUUCUAAAAGUACUAUUCACGGUCAUGGGUUAUUCAGUGGUAACUGCUCUCUUGUAUUACGCAAAUGUUUUAGAGCAUAACAGCCCCAACAUAAAGCCUCAUGUAGAAACGGCUAUUAAUUCUACUGCAACACCGAGACAUUUCAUCUGA